AUGAGUGACUCUAAGGUUGUUCUAGUCACAGGUUGUGCCAGAGGCGGGAUCGGCUAUGAGUACUGCAAAGCUUUUGCUGAGCACAAAUGCAAGGUCUUUGCAAGUGACAUCGCCCAACGCAUGGAUGACAUUGACCUUGAGUCAUUGGAUAGUUAUGACAUUGACAAGCUCGAGCUCGAUGUGUCCUCAGAUCAAAGCGUGGAAUCGGCCGUCAACACUAUCAUAUCCAAGUGCGGUCGCAUUGAUGUAGUGAUCAACAAUGCCGGGAUUGGAAGCACCGGUCCUCUAGCUGAGCUUCCGCUAGAGACUAUUAGAAGGGCCUGGGAAAUUAACACGUUGGGACAAUUGAGGUUGGUCCAGCAAGUUGUGCCACACAUGGCGUCACGGCGCAGUGGCAGCAUUGUAAAUAUCGGGAGCAUCGUAGGCAAAGUGCCAACCCCUUGGGCAGGGUCAUAUUGUGCAAGCAAGGCAUAUGUUCAUGCCAUGUCAAACACUUUGAGGGUGGAACUGAAGCCAUUUGGGAUUGAUGUGGUGCUUGUAAUGCCUGGGGCAGUAAGGUCGAAUUUUGGGAGUGCUAAUGUUGAUAGAUUGGCGAAUCAUGAUUGGAAACUCUACAAGGAUUUCAAGGAGGCAAUUGCAGAGAGAGCUGCUGCUUCUCAAGGGGGUAAAGCAACUGAGCCUAGUGUGUUUGCUAGGCAUGUGGCAAAGAAGGUUUUGGGUCCUAAACCACCAAGGCUAAUUAGUUUUGGUCACAUGACUGGUUUGUUUGCUGUGCUUUCUUGCUCUCCACUUUGGGUGAGAGAUCUUUUCCUUUCAACUCGUUUCAACUUAAACAAGAAGUUGUGAGCCUAAGGUUUUAUGUAAUAAUAGCUUUCAGGGCUUAAAACAACCAUAGUUAUAAGUAAAUUUUUUGUUUUCCCAAGUCAGAACCUCAUGUAGACGGAUCAAUGCUCUUAAACAUUAAAA